UAGUAGUUUUCAUCUAUUAUCUUCGACGGAGCGACCUCACGAAGCGCCCUAAACUUGAACUAACCGAAUUGAUGAUGGCUUCUGCUUCGACAUCCUCUAAGGUCUUCCACAGGAAUCUGAGUAGGCGGACCGUCCCAGCCCUAUUUCCGCCUUUGAAAUCCCUUUCUACUCAUGCUAGUAUCGCUUUUCCUUGUUCUUCAAGGAAGCAUGUUCAUGUGAAAUGUUCAGUUACGAUGAAGUACGACAAUGAAGCAGUGAUAGAUGAAGAAAUGGAUAAGGUAAGGAGGCUCCAGAAUGGGUCGGACGUUCGUGGGGUUGCCCUGGAGGGUGAGAAGGGCCGGACGGUGGACCUCACUCCCGCUGCAGUGGAGGCCAUAGCGGAGAGCUUUGGGGAGUGGGUGAUAAAAGCCAUCGAGCGGGAUAGGGGAUGUCCCGUUGAGGAUGUCAGGGUUUCUUUGGGGCGGGAUCCAAGAAAGUCGGGGUCCUCCCUGAGCACCGCUGUGUUAGCAGGACUGGGUCGUGCUGGAUGUAUGGUUUUCGAUAUGGGACUUGCCACUACGCCAGCAUGUUUCAUGAGCACGGUGCUGCUGCCAUUCUCUUAUGAUGCUUCCAUCAUGAUGACAGCGUCACACUUGCCCUACACAAGGAAUGGCCUCAAGUUCUUCACCAAGAAAGGGGGGUUGACUUCGCCGGAGGUGGAGGAGAUCUGCAACAUAGCGGCUUGGAAGUAUGCGAACCGCUUGACGAAGGUGUCCACGAUGCUCACACCUCGUCCGAUGCAAGUUGAUUUCAUGAGUGCCUAUGCGAAGCACCUUUGUGGCAUCAUCAAAGAGAGAGUUAACCACCCCAGACACUAUGACACUCCCCUAAGAGGAUUUCAGAUUAUAGUGAAUGCGGGUAACGGGUCAGGGGGGUUCUUCACUUGGGACGUCCUGGACAAGCUCGGGGCAGAUACAUUUGGUUCUCUCCACCUCAAUCCCGAUGGCAUGUUCCCGAACCAUAUUCCAAAUCCUGAGGACUGGACUGCCAUGUCCCUAACCCGAGCUGCUGUCCUAGAGAACUCUGCGGAGCUUGGAAUUGUGUUCGACACAGAUGUUGAUCGGAGUGGAGUGGUCGACAGAAAAGGAAACCCGAUAAAUGGGGACAGGCUCAUAGCGCUGAUGUCAGCAAUAGUGCUCAAGGAGCACCCAGGGACAAUCAUCGUGACCGAUGCACGCACGAGCAUGGCACUGACCCGGUUCAUCACUGAUAGAGGAGGCCACCAUUGCUUGUACAGGGUUGGAUAUAGGAAUGUGAUAGAUAAGGGAGUUCAGCUCAAUAAGGAGGGAAUCGAAACUCACCUCAUGAUGGAGACUUCGGGUCAUGGUGCUCUCAGGGAAAACUACUUCCUUGAUGAUGGGGCUUACAUGGUAGUGAAAAUAAUCAUCGAAUUGGUGAGGAUGAAGCUUGCGGGGUCGAAGGAUGGCAUUGGGAGCCUAAUAGAAGAUCUUGAAGAGCCAUUAGAAUCCGUGGAGCUGAGGAUGAACAUUCUAGGGGAGCCUAGACAUGCUAAGGCUAAAGGGACAGAAGCUAUCGAAACCUUUAGAAACUACAUAGAGGAAGGGAAGCUUGAAGGGUGGGAAUUGGAUGCCUGCGGUGACUGCUGGGUGAGUGAAGGUUGCCUUGUGGACUCAAACGACAUCCCUGCUGCUAUUGAUGCUCACAUGUACAGGGCGAAAGUUUCAGACGGAGUCAAUGGGCAGUACGGAUGGGUGCAUCUGAGGCAGAGCAUUCAUAAUCCGAACAUAGCCGUGAACAUGCAAUCGACUGUGUCCGGUGGAUGUCUCUUCAUGGCUCAAGCCCUUCGAGAUAAGUUUCUAGUUCCAAGCGGAAUGGAUAAGACCCUCGACAUUGGGCAGAUCGUCAAGUACAUACAAAGCUAAGUUGUGUCUCCAUAAUAGAACAACUGAAAUGCCCCACACAAAAAUUGGGUCCCAUGUAAUAAUAGGCAUGCCUGAUGUAUAUAUAGACGACAAGAUGAAUUGUAUAUCCCAUUUUAUGUGCACAACAUGUAUAUGCAUGUGGAUAUAUACUUACCCUUACAAUCACAUACAAAAAAUGUGUAGGCGUUUCUGCUA